UUAAGAUCACGUGGUUCGCUCAUCGUGUAUUUCACGUUGAUCAUUUCAACCAGUGCGGUUGAUCUAAUCGGUACUAGUUUAAGUCACAGCGCACAAUUUGCUUGAUUGCAUACUAAAAUUUCAAGAUUAAUCUCGGAUGAUCUGGUAUCACAAAUAUAGCUCGAAAUUAUUGUUGUGCUUUUCUCAUAAGAAACAUGUACACUGUAUCAAAAGGACCUAGCAAGAUAGUUGCUAAAACACGAAGAGGAAUCAGUCAAAACCUUGAGAGGCUGGAAACUCUACGUGAUUUAACGAGGAAAGCAGACCCUGACGAUGACUACGAGACCACCCGCCAUGUGCCUAAACCAGUUUUUCACAUGAAUGGGAAAUCUAAAUUCAAUUCGCAGAGGCAUCAAAUGCAAGAAGUUAUUACACCUCAACAUGAAGAACUUAUUAAAUUUGUCUAUGAAUCAUGGAACCAAGUCAGUACGCGGCAAAGAAGUGAAUCUUCUGAUGGUUCAGAUUGUUCAGAACCUUCCAGUCCUAGUUCUAUAGUAUAUUAUAAUGAUGGUGAACCAAACGACACUCUUCAAGACUUUAAACCAUUUGAUUUGGAAUCAUGGUGGGGUAAACGAUUAUUUAAUAAUAUCACAAAAUCACUUUGAAAUAAAGAGAAAUUUAAAAAAGUUAUGAAGAUAAAUCUUGAAGUAGUACAGAAUGACAAACAGUGCUAAAAGCCUGUUUUGGGUUUUAAAAGUAAUCUAAGAAUCAGUGAAUAACUGUAGAAGAAUUGAAUCUGAAGACUAGAAAUGAACCUAAGAGCUAUCACAAAGUUAUAAUUGAUGAAUUUAAUAUAAAAAUUAAUAAAUUUAAUUGUGAACAUGUAUAUUUCUGUUAUAAAAUAUUAAUUUUUUAUCGCGUGUGCAGCUUUAAAGAUAAAUUCAUGUAUCAAAAAUUUUAAACACAUGUACGUAACAGCAUUUUUCUAAAUACUGUAAUGGAUUCUUGUUGGUAAUGCAUGGGUGAAAUAUAUAUUAUCAUCAACAGUAUCCCUGAAUAUGUGAUAUAAUAAUGCACAUAAAUUGUAUAAUUCUGUUCAAAGCUGUUUCGAAAUUAGUGUAAAAGUGUACAGAAAUUUUAUUUAAACUCAAAGGAUAAUGCAACCUUAAAUCUACCGGUAAAAAUUAAUGUGAUACAAAAUACGAUCGCUAUUUUCGUUUGUAGGUUUUUAAAAUAACGCAGAUAAAGAUAUAACUUGUAUAUCUUGCGUGGUAUGAAUGCAGCGUGAAAAUAAUGAAUUUUUAAUCAUAGAAUGAUGUACAUAUUACAUGCAUCGUUUGUGUGAAUGCAUGAAUACAUUGCCAAUAUUGUUAUGACAAUUGUAUCUAAAUACAUUUACGUAAGCAAAUUUUAGUAUAACUUUGUAGACUGAUAAUGUUUAAGAUUGUUAUAUGAUUACUAGACAAGAGAAAACUUGUCACCAAUGUAUUUGCAAACUUUGCUUUCAAAGUUCUUAUUUCAUAUUAAUCUGAGUUAAUCUCCUCUAAUUUUUUUAUUUUAACUAGUUGCAUUAAAAAAACUGAUUAUCAAAGAUUUUAAUAUGAGAUCUUGAUACUGUUGAAAAACAGAGUUUGCAAAAGUAGUCAAAAUGUAGUGCAACAUUUGGCCAUUUAAGGCUGAAUCAAGCAGUUAUAAAUAAAUACAUCUUUAUACGUA